AAAAAUAAAAACACUUUUUUUUAUGGAAACCUACCGGGGGAAAUACACAAAGACACGGAGCUGGAGAGGCCUUAGGAGGACGGGGAAACAACCGAGGAAGUGAAGGAAAAGGGGGAAUACGGCGACUGACCCAUCCCGGCGCAUCAGGGUAGAAGCAGCGAGAGCAAGGAGGAGAAGAAGGAGACCUAAUUCCGCUCGACCCGAUGGACUGAGAGGACAGAUGAAUGAAGACUGCCUACACUAACGCCUACAGAUGCCUGGCCAAGGACCUAGACGUCUAUGCCAUGAACACGGACAUGACAAUGGACGGGCUUGGCAGCCUGCAUGGCGGGGUGGCCGUGGGCUCCAUGGUCCCUGACGUGGAGUUGAUGAGCGGCCACAGCCCGCACCACGGUCGCGGGAGCUCCUCGGGGGGACACGGGGCGGCGGCGGCAGCGGCGGCCACCCUGCGGAUACACCAGGACCUGGCCGCCGCCGCCGCGUCGUCCCGCUCCGCCAUGGUGUCCGGUAUGGCUACGAUACUGGACGGCAGCGGGGAGUAUCGUCCGGAGCUGUCCCUGCCGCUGCACCACGCCAUGAGCGUGCCCUGCGACACGUCGUCUCCCGGGAUGGGGAUGAGCGGCACCUACACCACCCUGACCCCGCUGCAGCCGCUGCCCCCCAUCUCCACCGUGUCGGACAAAUUUCACCACCAUCACCACCACCACCACCAGCGGCUCUCGGGAAACGUGAGUGGGAGCUUCACCCUGAUGCGGGACGAGCGGGGGCUGCCGGGCAUGAACAACCUCUACAGCCCCUACCACAAGGACCACAUGUCCGGGAUGGGUCAGAGCCUCUCCCCUGUGCUGGGCAACAGCCUGGGUUCCAUACACAACACCCAGCAAGGUCUCCACAAUUACGGGACCGCGACGCAUGGGGGCCACGACAAGAUGCUGAACUUCGACGCGCACCACACCGCAUCCAUGCUGGCCAGAGGGGACCACCAUCAGCACCGAGGCCUCGGUGGCCCGACGGCCGGAAUGAUGCCGCACCUGAACGGCAUGCACCACCCGGGGCACCCGGCCGUGUCCUCGGCGGGCCACCACCCCCACGCCCACCUCCAGUCUCCACCCCACGGGCCCCUGUUGGCUUCCACCAGGGAAAGACCGCCCUCCUCCUCGGGGAUUCAGGGGGUGAACAGCUCGGGGCAGCUGGAGGAAAUCAACACCAAGGAGGUUGCACAGAGGAUCACAGCGGAGCUGAAGAGGUACAGCAUACCCCAGGCCAUCUUCGCCCAGAGGGUGCUUUGCCGCUCACAGGGGACCCUGUCAGACCUCCUGAGGAACCCCAAACCCUGGAGUAAACUAAAGUCAGGCCGGGAGACCUUCAGGAGGAUGUGGAAGUGGUUGCAGGAGCCCGAGUUUCAGAGGAUGUCGGCCCUCAGACUGGCAGGUGGAAGUACCUCCAGUUACUCACAGCUACCAGAGCUUCACGAUGAUCAACACAAGUCCAGUCAGGAAAUGCCAGCAUGCAAACGUAAGGAGCAGGACACAGCGAAGGACCACAACAACACACCAAAGAAAUCGCGGCUGGUCUUCACCGACCUGCAGCGGCGCACCCUGCUGGCCAUCUUCAAGGAGAACAAGCGACCGUCCAAGGAGAUGCAGCUUACCAUCUCGCAGCAGCUGGGCCUCGAACUCACCACCGUCAGCAACUUCUUCAUGAACGCCCGCCGCCGGAGUCUGGACAAAUGGAUGGACGACGGAGGCAGCCCCGGCGGCCAAUCCUCAGCGUCCAGCACUUGUACCAAAGCGUGA